CGCAGCAUGCUAUCAUCACGCUAGGGGUACUUGCUGGUAUAAAUACCACCCCUUGUGUGAAAGAUCUGUCAUUCAGUUGUCACACUUUCUUGAAUAAACAUAUACUUUAGUUUAGUCAACUUGCCUUUUCAUUCGUCUGGGAACACGACAAAUUGGCGACGAGAACCUCGAAGGAUCCCGAUCAUGGACAUGGAUAUUAAAAACGCUCUCCUCCGGCUCAACGAUAUCCUGGCCAACCAGCAGCAGCAGAUGGCAGUUCUCCUGCAGAACAACGCAGCUCCCCAGGCUGAGAAGAAGGAUCCCUCAAUCAACCCUGUGUCCCUCCAUCCCAAGCCUCCCGGGAAGAAGACGAAAAAGAUGAAGAGCAUCAGUUUGGUGAAACAUGUUGACAUCUCCAAAAAGCGCAAAUUUGCUGAGGUAAAUUUGAACGGUGUCAAUGUGAAGCUCCAACUCGACUGUGCGGCUGACAUCACCAUAAUUUCGACGGAAACCUGGGCUUGCAUCGGGAAACCAAAAAUCAACCCUACGAACAUCGUUGCUGUCAGCGCUUCCGGUGACAAGCUCGACUUGAAAGGAGAGUUUAUCACCGAAGUAACCAUCCGGAACGUCUCCAAACAAGGGUGCAUCUACGUUGCCAACCACUCCGAUCUCGACGUACUGGGUAUCGACCUCAUCGAGUUGUUCAACCUUUGGUCGGUCCCCUUCGACUCGUUGGUGAACUCCAUCCAGAAAUCCGAAGACGUGGCACAACGACUGAAGGUUAAGUUCCCCGAAGUGUUCCAGAGUUCCCUUGGGCUGUGUACCAAAGCACAGGUUACACUCUACCUCAAGCCGGAUUCCCGACCAGUAUACUGCCCCAAGCGCCCGGUAGCCUAUGCCGCUCUCCCGAAGGUGGAUGCUGAACUCCAAAGGCUACAAGAACGCGGCAUCAUUUCUCCAGUGCAGUUCUCCAAUUGGGCUGCCCCCAUCGUCGUGGUUCGCAAAUCGGACAACGUCUCUGUUCGAAUUUGCGGCGAUUACUCAACUGGACUCAACGCAGCUCUAGAAUCCGACCGGCAUCCUCUGCCUCAUCCCGACGACAUCUUUACUGCCCUGGCUGGGGCACGCAUUUUCUCCCAAAUCGAUCUGUCGGACGCAUACCUCCAGGUCGAAGUGGAGGAAGAAUCACGCAAACUGUUGACGGUUAACACCCACCGAGGCCUGUUCCAGUACAACCGUCUUGCUCCAGGUAUAAAAUCGGCACCUGGAGCCUUUCAACGCAUAAUCGACUGCAUGGUAGCUGGCAUCCCAGGUGUAAAAACCUAUCUCGACGAUAUUCUGGUAUCCGGACGAACUCAAGAGGAACACGAUCGCAAUCUGGACGCGACGCUUGGAAGGAUUCGUGAUUACGGAUUUCAUCUACGCAUCGAAAAAUGCCAUUUUUCUCUUCCUCAGAUUAAAUUUCUUGGUCACAUCAUCGACAAGGAAGGUCUCCGCCCAGAUCCAGCCAAGACUCGUGCGAUUUCUGAGAUGCCGGCCCCCACGAAUGUGUCACAGCUUCGAUCCUAUCUUGGCGCUAUAAACUAUUAUGGACGGUUUGUAGGCCAAAUCAAGGAGCUCCGUGCGCCGCUCGACCGGUUACUGAAGAAGGACGCCCGCUGGGAAUGGACUCCAGAAUGCCAAAGCUCGUUCGACCGCUUCAAAUCCAUUCUGCAGUCUGACCUCCUUCUGACACACUUCGACCCUCGGAAGGAAAUCAUCGUAGCUGGUGAUGCAUCUAAACACGGCUUGGGUGCCGUUAUAAUGCAUCGAUUCCCCAACGGUUCCAUCAAACCCAUCGCUCACGCUUCAAGGUCGUUGACACCUGCUGAGGUUAACUAUGGCCAAAUCGAGAAGGAAGCUUUGGCACUCAUCUUUGCUGUCACGCGCUUCCACAAAAUGGUUUAUGGUCGCAAGUUCACUCUUCAAACCGACCACAAGCCCCUCCUGAAGGUUUUUGGCAGCAAGAAAGGGAUUCCGGUGUACACAGCAAAUCGACUCCAACGCUGGGCGUUGACUUUGUUGCUCUACAACUUCGAAAUCCAGUUCGUUCCAACCGCAAGCUUUGGACACGCCGAUCUUCUCUCUCGUCUGAUGGAUUCCCACAAGAAAUCGGACGAAGAAUAUGUCAUCGCAGCGAUACAGAUGGAGACAGACGUGAAAACUAUUUUCGAAGGGUCCAUCUCCAACCUGCCGGUUACAUCGGACAUGAUCUCCAAACAAUCAGCAGAGGAUCCAACACUUCAAGAAGUAUUCAACUAUAUCCAGAACGGGUGGCCCGAAUCUGCGAAAACAAUCGCCGAUCCAACAGUACGACAGUUUUUCUCCAGACGUGACAGCCUACAAGUUUUUCAAGACUGCAUCAUGUUUGGUGACCGUGUCGUCGUUCCAGCCUUGUACCGAAAACGAAUACUUCGCCAGCUACACCAAGGACACCCUGGAAUGGAGCGCAUGAAGUCAAUAGCAAGAAGUUUCGUCUAUUGGCCGAACAUCGAUGAUGACGUCGAGGACUUUGUGCGCCGAUGUAGUUCCUGUGCCCAAGCAGUGAGAGAUCCCCGGAAAACAACUCUCGAAUCCUGGCCCCUUCCUUCAAAACCGAUGGAGCGAAUUCACAUCGACUAUGCCGGCCCCAUCGAUGGUUUCUACUAUCUGGUCAUAGUUGAUGCCUACUCCAAGUGGCCCGAGGUUUUCCGAACGCGUUCAACUACUACGACUGCAACUUUGGACUUCUUGCAAGAAACCUUUGCAAGAUACGGAUAUCCCCACACAUUGGUCUCCGACAACGGUUCCCAGUUCAUCAGCGCACAGUUCCAACAAUUCUGCAAAGAACACGGAAUCCAACAUCUGACGACCGCUCCAUACCAUCCGCAAUCGAACGGCCAAGCGGAAAGGUUUGUGGACAGCUUGAAACGAGGACUCAAGAAGCUCGCAAAUGGGGAAAGCAUGGCUACAACACAGCACUUACAAACAUUUUUGUCAGUGUACCGUUCCACGCCAGCUCGAAGCGCUCCUGACGGCAAGACCCCUGCUCAUCUUUUCCUCGGUAGGCAAAUCUCCACCCAAUUGGACCUUCUGAAGCCAACGCUACCAAGCCCAACACGAAUCAACGAUGCUCAAAACGCUCAGUUCAAUAAACGUCACGGCGCUGUGCAAAGGAAAUUCGUCGCUGGAAAUCCGGUUCUGGCCAAGGUUCAUCAAGGGAAUUCCGCCAAGUGGAUUCCGGGUCUGAUCAUCGAACCCAAAGGUAACGUGAUGUACACCGUUCUCCUGGACAACGGUCGACUCAUCCGAUCCCACACCAAUCAACUGAAGGCCUGGUUCAUCGAAACAGCAGCAGCGGUUCCAACACCAAAUCUUCCAUUGUCGGUGUUGUUGGAUGAUUUCGUUGUUCCAGUCUCCGAAGCUGACCAAACAGACUCCUUGCGGAAUGAAGACGAUUUGGAUUGUUCCGAGUAUGGCUCACCUCUGCAGUCACCUGAAGUUCCACCACCACGGACAAGACCAACCCGAAAUCGCUGUCCGCCCAAGCGAUUGAGCUCGUACGAUCUUUCUUAA